GCCCGGCCCGGCAGUGGCGGGAGGUAGCCUGUAUAAAUGGGCAGGGGAGAGGGGAGAGGGCUUCGGGGUUCUACUGCUUGGGCUGCUUGUAGGAGUUCUCCGUCUGCUGCCCGUUUCCCGCCGGCCCAGAUGCUAUUCCACUCGCUCCUCCGCCAACCCCGCCUGGGCGCGGUUGGGAAUGGAUGGUCUCCACAGUAUCCUCUCCAAUCACUUCUAGCUGGCUAUCAGUGCAGUUACAAUGAUGAUCACAUUUCUUAUGGAGAGAUGGGCGUUCCAGUUCCUCCUUUUGGGUGUACCUUUUCUACCGCUCCCAAUUUCGAACACAUCCUUGCAGUGGCCAAUGAAGAAGGCUUUGUGCGACUAUAUAACACAGAAUCUAGAACUUGCAGAAAGAAGUUCUUUCAAGAAUGGAUGGCCCACUGGAAUGCCAUCUUUGACUUGGCCUGGGUCCCUGGAGAACACAGACUUGUUACAGCAUCAGGAGAUCAGACAGCCAAGAUUUGGGAUGUGAAAGAUGGUGAGCUGAUUGGAGUUUGCAAAGGUCAUCAGUGUAGCCUCAAGUCAGUUUCCUUCUCUAAAUUUGAGAAAGCUGUCUUCUGUACAGGUGGAAGAGAUGGAAACAUUAUGGUCUGGGACACUAGAUGCAGCAAGAAAGAUGGAUUUUAUAGACAAGUGAAUCAGAUCAGUGGAGCUCACAACACCUUGGACAAACAAACCCCAUUGAAGUCUAAGAAGAAACAGAUUUCAAGAGGACUUGCUCCUUCUGUGGAUUUCCAACAGAGUGUAACAGUGGUCCUGUUUCAGGAUGAGCAUACUCUAGUGUCAGCAGGAGCUGUGGAUGGAGUGGUCAAAGUAUGGGAUUUGCGCAAGAAUUAUACUACAUUUCGACAGGAGCCUAUAGCUUGCAAAUCCUUCCCAUAUCCAGGUAGCAGCACACGAAAACUAGGGUACUCAAGUUUAAUUUUGGACUCCACUGGCUCUACUCUAUUUGCUAACUGCACAGAUGAUAACAUCUAUGUGUUCAAUAUGACAGGAUUAAAGACUUCUCCAGUGGCUGUCCUCAAUGGUCACCAGAAUUCAACUUUUUAUGUCAAAUCCAGCAUUAGCCCAGAUGAUCAAUUUCUGAUCAGUGGCUCAAGUGAUGAAUCAGCCUACAUCUGGAAGAUCUCUGAACCUUGGUGUCCUCCUACUUUGCUCCUGGGCCAUUCUCAAGAGGUCACAUCUGUGUGCUGGUGUCCAGCUGAUUUUACUAAGAUUGCUACCUGCUCUGAUGAUAAUACCAUGAAGGUUUGGCGUUUGAAGCGUGGCCUGGAAGAAAAACCAGCACUAGACAAACAUACUUUAGUAGGUUGGGCAUAUCAGAAGAAAACAGAGGAGAGAGCUGGCCUGGCAGCAAUGACAAGCAACCAGAUGACCCCUGCCAAAGCUCCUAGAGUAAAGAAUGGUCCACUUGUUUCUUCUCCAUGGUCAGCAGCUUGUGCUCCAAAUUGUGCUGGAGACCUUCCUUUGCCUUCUAAUACCCCUACGUCCUCUGUGAAAACUCCUGCAAAGGCCCAGACUCAGAUCAAUCAAAAGGACUCUCCACCCUCAAUUUCCCCCAAGCCACCUUCAUCUUCCAAGAUUUUGUUUCAAAACUGGGUGAACCAGGCACCCUCUUCAACUCCACCCAACACACCAUCUGUCCCUGAGAUCCUGAUUCCAUCUCCAAGAAAAGCCCUCAUUCCUGUGAGCCAGACUCUAUCCCAAUCAAUGACCAGCCCUGAAACAGCAGCCCUAUCUAGAAAUAAAGCGAAGAGGAGGCUAGAUUCCAGCUGUCUAGAAAACACAGAGCAAAAGUGUUUGAAGAAUUGCAGCUGUGUCACAGAGCUGGAGGGGAAUGCUAAAAGAUCUCAUCUGGAUCUGUGCUGCCUGUCAGGAAACCAGGGAGCCAGUAGUGAAGACCUUCUGGGACUCAACAAAUUAAAUGAAAUUGAAAAGGCCAGUGAGACUACUCCAGCUCCAACUUCUCCUGCCAGUUCCUGUACUCCAGCAAGCUUUGGAUCAUCACCUCUUUGUUUUAAACCCUGUGGAGGAGGAUCUGAAAUGGUAGACAAAGAGAAUAGUUCCCCCGAAAGAAAAAACUGGCUGUUAGCUAUGGGGGCAAAAUGGAGGACUGAAAAGGGUGGGAACCGGAGUCCUUCCAGUGGUUCAUCUUCUCAGACUAAGAGACAUGAUGGGAAGUCUUCUCCAGUUGCAACUACACCUGGUUCCAUGAGGAAGAUCUGUACAUAUUUUCACCGAAAAUCCCAAGAGGAAUAUUGUAGUCCCGAGCAGUCUAAGGAGCUGUAGAUUGUUUAUUAUGAACCUGAACAUGGAAAUACCUCACCGUUGAAAAUCAGCAUGAAAAGCUAUGUCCUGGAGGUGGCUAGCUCCUGGUUUUGUUAACAUAGUGUAGAUUCUGCAUCUGUAGGGCAAUGCAGGCUUGUGUUUUUAAAGUUCAUUUAUAAAAAGUUAAUCUUUUUCUAUAGAACAUAUUUGAAUAACUAAUUCUCUUUGGGGAAAUGCUGUAGAUGCUUUGCAAUAAUAGCACAGCAUAUUCCAUAGGCACAAGACCUAGUUGUAUAGUUCUCUGUUCUGCAGCCUAUGAUGCAGAACAGCUGAAGAGGCCAGGUAAAAUCCUCUGAAGUUCUCCAGAUCUGUUCAAUGUUCUAUUCCUUUGUAUAGCAAAAAUGUGUGGCUAUUUAUGAAGAAAUCUUGUAAUUUGUUGUAAAUAUGACAUUUCCAUUUGGGAACUUUAGUAUUUCCUACAUUUUUUUUAACAAAUUAAUAAAAACUGUUUGAUUUUUGUUUACCCUGACAUAAUAUUAAAAUACAUGAAAAGAGGCAGGAUUUUUUUUAAGGUUUGGUUUGGUAAAUUGUUAUUAUAAAGGUAAUAAUGACUGGGAAGCACAGUAUGACAGAGAAAAUAAACUAGCUCCAGAAACACAAGAAACCCUGGUUUUGAGUCCCAGCUCCCUUUAGAACUGAAUCACCUUUGACAUCCAAUUCACUUUUCUUGUAUCUCAGUUUACUCAUUACCAUUUGCACUACUUAUUUGUUGUAAAGAACUUGCUUUGGAAACCUUAAAGCACCAUAGAAAAGUGAGUUCUAGGCAAUAAGAGGAAGAAAAUCUUGAUAUUUCUACCUUUGGUCAAUUCUUUAUUCAGUUAAUAGGUGUUCAUCCUCCCCCUCCCUCCCACUUCCCCCCAUGGCUACAGUGUUCCAAGAGCUGGGAUACAAAAUCAGAACAGUCCUUGCACUUUAGGAACUUUAUAUAAUAGAGAGCCACUGUGAUUUUUAAGCAGAGGAAUAUUGUCACCAGCAUACUGUGAUAUUCAUUUGCCAGUAACUAUGUUAAGUACUUUAUAGUUAUUUCAUUUCAUCCUCACAACAACCCUAGGAGGUAGGUGCGCUACUAUUACCCUCAUUUUACAGAUGAGAAAACUGAGGCAAACAGAUUUGUGACUUUUCCAGGGUCACACAAUGUCUGAGGCAAAAUUUGAACCCAGGUCUUCUUGACCCUGUGUUCUAUCCACUGUGCCACCUAGCUGCCUCUAGUUGAACUCAGGGUUGCUGCUUGAUUGGUAACAAAUACAUGUUCCUCUCAUAAGUAAAGGUUAUAGUGCUUAAAGUUUCAGCAUAUUUACAAAGCAGCCUAUUGUCACACUGAUGUAACAUUUUAAAAUUCUUUCCAUUUAGUACAGGAAAAAUCCAGCAUAUACAAAUAACAGUAAAUCUGGAUUAGGGUAUUUAGCUGCAUCAGUUAGCUUUAUCCCUGCUAUUUCAGCAGUAUUAGUUAACAUCCAUUCCCUUUCAACUGAAUGGUCUGGUGUUUGGAAAAAGAUAGACCACUCCCAGUUUUACAGUGGGUUGAGGGCAAGACCCCAAAACCCAUCCUAGUCAAGUCCUAAUUUUCUAAGCUCAAUAUUUCUAGCUUUCUCCUUAAUUAGGAAGUCUUAACUGCAAGCCUACUUGCCUAUUUAUCCAAUUUUAUUUUUUUCUGGCUUUCUACCUAUAACACCAGCAGGGUGUAUCUUGAACCCUGGGCAUUUACAAGUCAUAAAAUUUUCAAAAACUAUUUGACAUAAUUUCCCCUUAACAAACUUAAUGACUUGCCUGUGAAUUUAUCUAGAGCCUUCUUUUCUAGUUUUCAACAUGUAACUUAUAGAUGUGUAUUUAAAUUACCAUCUUCUGUCCAAUCAGAGCAAUCUGAUUUGGGGGGAAAAGUUAUCCCAGCUCUAAGCAUUUACUAACUUAACUCUGUGAAAAUGUACUGCAUUGUAGAGAGUGCCUGUCCCUUCAGUUUCAAAAUCCAGGGAACUAAUUUUUUCUUGUCUGUAUCUGUCAUGAUUUUCUGGAUUUUAUACACUUCUCUUCAUCCUUUUGUCAUUCUAUCUUUAAGUCACUUAACAUCUCCAUCUCUAAGUCUGUUUCUUUAAAAUAGGAAUAACACUUAACAUGAGCCUUGUGAGUAUCAAAUGAGGGGAAUAUAUGUAAGCACUUUCUAAUUUUAAAACUACAUAAAUGCUACCUAUUAAUUUUUUUUAAACUCUUACCUUCUGUCUUUGUAUCAGUUCUAAAACAGAAGAGCAGCAAGCUCUAGGUAGUUGGGGUUAUAUGCCUUGUCCAGUGUCACAUAGCUAGGAAGGGUCUGAAGCCAAAUCUGAACCCAGGUCCUGGGGCUUUAUCCACUGCAGCACCUACCUACCCCAUCUAUUCAUUUUAAUUGCCCUUUUCUAAUUUAUUUCUUGAGGUAGAACAACCAGGACUGCAUACAACACUUCAAAUAUAUUAACCAAUAAAGAAUAUGUGGGAGAGAAUAAAAUUCCUGUAAGCUUUAUCUCACACACACACACACACACACACACACAGUUUGGUCAUAUUAAUGGAAUCUUUUUCUUAGGUUUUUAUUGUAAGAUUACAACCUUCAUUUCAGCCAAAUUGACCUAUAAUUCCCUGAACUUGGCAUACCAUCUCUCACCCUCCUCUGCCUUCACACAGGUUAUUCUCAUGUCUGGAAUGCUUCUCUUCGCCUUUCCCAACCAGAAUCUCUGGCUUUCUUCAAGACUUGGGUCAUGGGCCACCUCCUAUCCUCUUGUCAGUUCUCACAUUCACAAAUAAACUUAGCUUUUUAUAUUUUGUAUCACCACCAUAGAUUGUAAGUUCCAUGAGAGCAGGAUUUGUUUUGGUUUGUAUUUGUACUACCAGUGCCUUGCCAACCUGAUACCUGGCACUUAAUAAACACUUGUUUGAUUUAA